ACGCUUUUUCUACCCGUCCCUCUCUGCAGUGCACUCCGCAGUCUCUUCUCUUCAAUUUCGCAUUUCUUCGUCUUCUGCGUCUCUGGUUUAGCUUCCAUUUUGUAUGGCCGCCAAUUCCAAUAGCCGAGGAGUCGCCAGCGUCGGGAAACGACUCGUCAAUCAGAUCUGGCGAGCUAACACUUCCAGGAGAGCUGCGUACAGCUCGUUGUAUGAGAAGAAUCUGGACGAGCUGGUUCGCCCAAGUGCGGUCCCCGACGAUGUGAUCGAGACAGCCCAAUCUGAUAAGUACUGGGCCCCACACCCACAAACGGGGGUUUUUGGGCCCGCCACUGAGCAAUCUGGUCCUCCCUCUGCUACCAACGGCGGGGACCGGAGCUUCCACUCAGCAGCCGAUGCCGGAGGUGGCUCGGUCAUGGAGGAGAAGGCCUGGUUCCGCCCAGUGAGUCUUGAGGAUUCGGAGAAGCCCAACAACUAGGCAACAUUAAUUAUCUUUACCAAGUAUUGCUAAUAAUGUUCUGAACAUAUCCGUACGUAUAUGAGUAGUAGUAUUUGUGUUGCAUGCUUCCUAGUAUUGACGGUUUGUAUGAACGCAUAGCUAGUUCUGGUUGUAUGGUUCUUUCACAUGUUGUGGAAUGGAACUUGAGAUCCAUGGUAAUGUUUGUAACUAAAUAAAUGCUUUCUUUGUAGUAUUGAAUUCAAUAAGAGACGAUGAGAAGCGAGUCCGACCAUUUUUUCAAACUAGA